UUUAGAUACGAAGCUAUGGAUUUUGAUUUGUCUGAACCAGUGAGAAAAAAAUCUAAAAAAGAAUAUGAAAGUGAUCUGAGACCAAUAGUCAUUGAUAGGGUUGGCUAUUUAAUUGGAGAUGAAUUCGCUAGAUUUGGACGCCAUCUCAAUUUACGUAAUGAAGAUAUUAAUAACAUUGACUAUAAUAACAGAACAGCGGAAGCAAAAGCGGUAGCUGUUUUAAAUCAGUGGACUCAACUAAAUGGGCUCCAACGUUGGAUACAGUUGAAAGAAAAGUUAAUUUCAUUUAAACGUGUAGAUAUAGUUCAAAUAGUUGAGCAAGAGUUUAGAAUAGAGACAUUGAAUUCACCAGAAACUGCUGACAAGAAAGAUCAACGAUCACAAAAAGGCUUAUCUAAAUGUGUUAAUGGGGGAACUAUUGGGAAAUAUUCUUCCCAAUCAGGCAGGCAAUUGUAGACAGACGUGGUAAUCAUGUCAUACAUUGCCAGGUCAAGUAGUCCAUUUACUCUAGUCGAUGAACCAUGCUUCAAAGAAAUGGUGGAACAUUUAAAUCCAAAAGUAAUUGUGAAACAUUCCUCGACUUUUUCAAGGUACAAGCUGCCAUUGCUUUAUGAAAGCGUUAUGGAUACUGUGCAAAACCUAAUUGAAAAAGAAGUUUCCACUUGUCAACAGGUGGCUAUCACCACUGAUGGUUGGACCUCUAGGUCACAGGAUCCAUACAUGACUCUUACGCUUCACUAUAUCAAUAGUCAGUUUGAACUGAAAAAAUAUGUUCUCAACUUUGACAAUUUCGUGGGAAGACACACUGGUUACUACAUUAGCAAAGCUCUGGAAGAAAUGAUCCAAAAAUAUCCGGUAUUGGACGCCGUGCCCAAGAAAGUCAUUGUCCACAAUGCGGCGGCAAACAUGAAACAUGCUGUGUCAAUCAUGAACAAAACAAAAUAUGAAUCACUGUUGUGUGCAGACCACCUACUAAACACUAGCCUACUACAUGCUACCAAUGAAGUGCAAGAAGUCAAAGAAUGCAUAGAUAUUGCCACACAACUAUCUAGCUAAGUCCACAGAUCCACCUUAGCUUGUCAACUUAUUGAAAAAGAGUGUAUGUUGCUCCGUGUAAACUAUGUUAAAAUCAUUGCUCCGGUAAAAACCAGGUGGAAUUCUAACUGUUUUAUGCUGGAGUCAAUCCUUAAACUUAAAGAUGUGUUGAUUUCUCUUAGAGAAAAAGAUGCACUAAAUAACAACCCACUACAGAACGUUAUUCCAAGUGACAACCAAUUUUCACUGAUGGCUUCACUGAUGCCAGUCUUAAAAAAAAUGAAGAUUAUGUCAGAUUGCAUGUCCAAGGACACUGAACCAGUGCUUCAUCAUAUGCUAACUAUGCUUUAUAAAACUGACAAUUUUCUUCAUGACCACAUUGAUAUGGAAAACAGAGAAAUAGUUAAUGCUUUUUGUAAAAAACUAAGUUAGCAUUUACACCUAGCCACGCGAUUCAAUGAACAUGGAAGAUACAACCAACACUAUGCCUUGGGAAACCUUCUUCAUCCGUACUUUAGAGGAUAUAUGCUUAGACAUUACGGUAUCUUCGAAGAGUUCACCAGAAAAGUCAUCAACGAUCAUCCAUCGUCGGACGCUGUUUCGAUCAGUAAAAAAAAUAAUCAUAAAGCUACACAAGUUAAAAUGCCAGUUGGUGUGGAUGAGUGCGUUGAUUUACAAAAUAUAGAGAUUGAACAGGGUAAUAAUAACCACACCAUUAGUCAAAAUGUACCGGAAAUUGAAAGGGAGUUUGAAUCUUUCCACGCUAUGCCUCGUGUUGAAGAAAAGCAUAAAGUUGAUGUGCUGAAAUGGUGGAAGAAACAUGCCUCUACUUUGCCAUUGUUAGCACAAUUGGCAAGAAAUUUGCUCUGCAUUCCAGCUGCAUCAAGCUGUAGUGAGAGAGUGUUCAGCGCCAGCGGUGGAAUUAUAAAUGAUAAAAGACACAGUCUUUCCACUCAGACAGCAAAGCAAUUGACUUUGAUUAAAGUCAAUUAUGAUCUUGUCUGUCCUCACAUGACCUUGAAAAUUAUAAGCGACGCUGAAGAAGCCCUGGACCCCCCAGCAUUAACUCCAGUUAGAACACCUUCCAAAAAUCCUAUUCCUAAAGCAGUUUUUUCAAAUAACCAAAAAAGGUUAUUGUUCAAAACAAAAAACGUUUCAACAACGCCAUUAUGUUCUUCUUCUUAACCAUCAACACCAACAUCUUCAGGAAUCAAAAGAAAAACAAUGGAAAUUCCAGAAGAAUCCGAAACAACAUCAUCCGAAAAAACAUCCGAAAGUGACACUCAACAAGUAUUAAAAUAAAAAUGUUUUACUUUUUAUUGUGAAAUUUUAAAAUCGUGAAAUAUAAUUGUCUAAAUAAAAA